AUGAGUAGAAAAGCUCAUUCAAACAGCUCAAAGUAUCUUGAUUCCUCUUAUAGUGAAGAUUUGAAGGAAAUUUAUAGUGAACGCAUAAAAAGUCAACAUGAAUAUCAGUCUGUUUCUGAUUCACAAGAAUGAAUGUUGAUAAAGAGCUGUCUUAAUCCAGAGGCUUUUCCUAUAUUAAGUGCCUAUCAUCAUAUUGAAAAUAGCGAAAAUGGUUAUUUUAUUUCUAAACAUCGAGAUAGCCCUGAUAAUUCAAUUUCGAUAUUUACCUUUGGCAGUCAAUCUGCAAAUAAAAUUGAUUACAUUGUGCAAACUAAUGGGCAAACUACCUACUCUUAUGCAAGCACAAAGAAUCCAGGAUACAAUGGAAAUAGAGUUUCUUUUGAAUUUAAAGCUGAUGAAAAUAGGUAUGUUGAUGGCCACUGCAUAGACCAUGGGGACACACCAUCUGAAACUUUAAACCUUUAUGGGAAAUUAUCGACUGAACAUAGCGCAAACCAUAUACCAGAGCCAUGAGAUACUUAUUGAGGCUUGCAUUAUAGAAAUUGGCUAGUUCGUAAUUUAAGAAAAAGUUCUUUAUCUUACAGCCAAUUAGUAUUCUAUUCUGACACCCCGAUUGUAACUAAUUUAGGAUCCCAUGUUCCUACAGGAGUUCUCUUUUUUUCUCAUAGUCAUGAAGGAAAUUUGGAAGAAGGGUGGUCCAUACCAUGAGAUAGUGAGAUACAUAGAAGAUGCAAAGAUCGAGAAAAUUUUCAAAGGAUGGGAUUAAGAGAAUAUUCGUUAAAUGCUCUCAAUUCCCUCUUUAAAUUAGAACAAAAAUAGGUAAAAAUCCAUUUUAGGGUAAAUUAACCGGAAAAUUUAUAGGUAAAUAUUUAAUUUUUAUAUUAAUAAUUUUAAUCUAAUUUAAUGGAGGGACUGCAAGUAGAAUGCUAUUCAGACAGUUGGUAAGUUGAAUUGAUUAAAUAGUUUAAUUUAAUUUUAUAUAAAAAUAAAUUAAUAUUCUUUAUCAAAAAUUAGCUACCUUUAAAUUUGAAAAGUAUUUUUUGUUCCAAUUUAAAAGGGAAGCUAGCAAGCUCAAAUCUAAAAGAUAUAUUUUUGGAAGAAAUAUAUCUCCAAAAUCUUUUUCUCAUAUAUCAGGCAACCUAGCUCACCCACCUCUCUGUUCGCGAAAAAAAAAAGUUUGUUCAUUAUAUAGAGGAUUUAAUUUUUUUUUAAAUUAAAUAUAUAAAAUUUCAUAGUAAAUAUUUUUUUAGAAUUUAAAAAGCAUCCAAAUUUGAAAUAAUUUGAAGCAAAUAUUACUUUAAUUUGUAAAAUUUAUGUUUUAAAAUGCAAACUUUUUAAUAUUAAACAGAUUUCAUUAUACUAAUUAUAACUUAUACAUCAAAAUAUUUUUCAUAAAAAAUUUUCAUAUUGAAAAAAUUGUUGUUUCACUCAUGGAGGGUGUUUUUGAGCAAAAAUAGGAAUUUUUCAAUGGUUUUGUUCGGCCAUGGAGGGUGGGUUUUAGGCAAAAUAGGGAAUUUCCCAAUGGUUUGUUCGCUCAUGGAGUGUGAGGAGUAAGCAGCAAUUUUUCUAAUGCUUUGAUUAUGCCCAGUGUUUUGAAAGAUCCUUAUGAUUACUUUUCGCUGUAUCGUAUGGAAGUACUCGCUGAGAGCGAGCACAUUCCCAUGUGAUCCCUUACUCCCCCCUUCUAUGAGCGAAUAAAACCAUUGGAAAUUCCUAUUUUUUAAGUAAAAACCCAUCUUCUGUGAUCGAACAAAAAUGUUUUUAAUAUCAAAAUUUUUUUUGAAAAAGCUAUUUAGGUAUAUAAGUGAUAACUAUUAUAACGAAAUUCAAUUGAAUUUUAAACGCUUGCAUUUUAAAACAUGAAAUUUUGCAAAUUAAAUUAAUUUCUCCAUAUCAAAAAUUGCGAAAAAGGAUUUUUUAAAUUCGAAAAUGAAAGUUUUACUAUAAAAUUUAUAUCUAAAUUCUUUAAAAACAAAAGUCCGUUAGCAUACAAAAUAUUUUAUUCGCUCACUGAGGGAAGCUAGAACUGCUGAUUUUCUCUUACUCUCUCCUUCUUUAAAUUGAAACAAAAAAUCCUGUUUCCAAUUUAAAAGUGGGGUUAUUUUUGUUUUUAAAACGUAAAUUUUAUAUUCAAAUUUAAAUGUGGCUAAAGUACCAAAAAAAUGCAAAUUUUGCAGAUGUGUUUUCUUCUUAUUUAAAAGGGGAGCUAGAUUGCAAUUCUAUCUCUCAAAGGUCUCGUCUAUUUGAAAAAUUAGGAUAUUGGACAAAACGAACCUUUAAUUAUAUUGAAGCCUUGCAAAGUAGCACUAUUGACACUGGGAUUAAUUACAAAAUGCUGAUGCAGAUUUGAAAAAAAGUAAAGGAAAAAGAGGAUUUUGAUAGAAAUGGAAUAAUCCAAGACCAAUUAAGACAAAUAAUAAUUGGGAGUAAGGAUGAUGCAACUUUUGCGAGUAUGAUUAAUAAAACUCUCAACAGUAUGGGAUUGGCAGAAGAAAGAAAGGAUAUUCAACUUCCUGAUAAUUCUCAUGAGCCUCCAAUUCUUACAAUCACUAUUGGUCAAGGCAAAGGCUCUAUUAAUAAGCUCAAAACUCCAUUAUCAGAAGAAAACUUAAGUGGUCCAGCUACACUUGAGUUUAAGUUCAUGGUUAAGGACAAAAAUUCGCCUUUGCAAAAACUCCGUACAUUUUUAAACGUUAACAAAUCACUAUUGCAAAAGGAUAAGGGAUAAUAAUUAAAUGGCAUCAUCGGAUUUAGUUCUCUUCGAGAACUAUUCCAUUCUCAGGCAAUUUUAUUAUGGGGUAAUUAUGCUAGAAUGCUCUCCACAUCUGGGAGAGACUUUGGAAUUUGGGUUUAGGAAGCAGUAAAAAUAUUAGACUAAAUGUCCUGAGGAUGGAACUCUUAGGCGAAAUAUUAGCUAGGAGAAAUAAUCGCGUUCCAUGAAGCUAGGCUAUUAGGAGUGCUUUUUGCUUCCGAACAAAAGGGUGGCGUGGAGCAAUGCACAUGGCUUAGUUAGGGUCCUAUAUGGCUAUGCAACACACUCUCUGCAGAAUCAGAUGACAAAUACCAAUUAAGUAAUAACAAAAAAAUAAGGAAAGCAUUGUCGAAGUCAUAAUUUCAGGCAAUACCCAGUUUUUAACGGCUAGAUCUAAAGCUUUGCUAAGCGAUUUCUUCAGCGAAAAAAAAAUUCAUAUCAUUUGCAGUAGCGAAAAUCCAAACAGUUAA